UUACUCAGAUACCGAAAAACGAAAGGCGAUAGAGCAGUUUUUAUUCCAGAGGAAGCAUUUGCUGUCGAUGAAGAAUACCUUCCUUAUCUUGAUGAGGUCAGAAUCCAAGAGCAACCUCAGAACCUUCAAGAUGGCUCUUCUGUUUCGUAUGAAUCAGAAGGUAUCAAGUUUAAGUAUUCCAUGGGAGGAAAUAUCAAGUUCUACGAUGACCACAUCGCUCUAACAAGUCCAAGAAAAAAGGUGAAAAGUGGCAAGUAUUCUUACCAAAUUCUGAACGAUACUAUGGAAAGUUCUUUGAACGACUCGCCAGCGCGGAGCGCGCUAUCCGCAAAUUUUGGCACCAUGGAUAUGACACCGAGGAUUUUGAGUACACCGGUGAAAAGCACCUUAGAAGUUGACGAGAAAAACUCUCAGGGUAGGACAGAGACAGCGGUUAAAAGUAAGCCGGAAAAUGGAAACAUAAAUUCUAACUUGCAAAUUCACGCGGUUUUGGAACGAUUAAGGGUGGCAGAUGAUGAAACAACUCAGCUGUCUAAAAGUAACCCAACAUCUUCGAGUAUUGCCGAUAGUAUAGCAAAGGUUGACUCGUGGAAAACGGAUUUUAACAAUUGUAACAGUCCUUCGCAUAACGUCGAAGAGAUGAUUUCGGGGGAGACUGUCUUUCGGCAGGAAAACUCGUCGUCUGGAAAUGGCGCGAGGGUACGAGAUUACUCUCCUAUUCGGACCACACCAGCAAACGAAAAUCUGACAAAAUUAAAAGAUGAGGUAACACCCAAUAUUGAGGCUAGAAUUGAAAAUUACCCAACUAGGACGUCUGAGGAGAAGAUUAUUUGCGAACCAGAAGUUACGGAGGUUAACGUGAGCUCAAGAAAUGAAACUGGAAAUAAGAAUUUUGACGCGAAAAGAGGAGAAAUGCAGGAUCCUGAAAGAAUGAACCGAUAUAAUCGGACAUUACUCUAUGUUAAUGAGCAAAAUGAGACAUUGCAUAAUGGAGACUACAACGAAUUAAACAUUGAUAUGUCAGAUUUGAGUUCAGACGUGUUUACAGACAGCGAAAUACCCACAUCCGGGUUCUUAUCGCAAUCACGUGAUGGAAAGAGUGACUUGGAUUUUUACCCAGACUCCCCGACAACAGAACAAGCUUUCUCAAAGACUCCUUGUAGCUCCAGAAAAAACAGCUUGGAUUCAUACAUAACUGACGACAGCAUGUCCGCUACCGAAAUGGACCAAAGAAUGGGAGUGAAGAAAAGUAAGCUAAAUCUAAUGAAAAAUAAGGGAUAAGAUAAGUGCCACAAAAUCCUUCAAAACAAUCGAAACUCGCAUAAUGGUAACUGUACACUAGCGAAACUGAUAUUUGUAUAUUUGAGCGUGUAAUAAUUGCUGUCUCACUCGAUCACUGUUUUCCAAAAUACACUGGCUCGUUCUCGAAUAUCUUAAUGAACAUGAGAGAAUGACGGAAUAAGUUAAUCAAAUAAUUAUAUUGUAAUUCUCUCUAGUACGAUUUCGAUCAGAUUACGUGGCCUCCAAAACAACUGAGAUAGAAAAAAAACCAAAUACAGGCUGCAUCGCCUAAUGAGAGAAUGAAAAGGGAAACGCCGACUAUCAAUAUUUUUUUGUUCACAGAUAUGCAUCAGUUGGUUUCAAAUGGGGAAGUACAUUCAAAUUCAUUCAUAAAACAAAACGGCAGAGCAAAACAGGUAAGGUGAAGAUUUUCAAGAAUUUUUUUUUUCAUGCAGGUAAUACUCAAACAACUUAAUGGAAAUUUUUCUAUCAACCAAAGUAAUCCUGCAUUGUCUUCAAAGCUGCAUUAAAAAAAAUUCUAUCACCUGGUUGGUUGCAUUUAACAAACACAAGGCGUCGCCUGCUUAAAACAGAUUACCAACUAAUGCUAAUAAUUGUUGCCAAGCAAUUACAAAGAGAGAAAAACCCUAGUUCUCUGCGUAUUUCGAUGCCAGUUCUUCGUUGUCUUUUAUACUCGAUAUUACACUCGCUGCUGCCUUAAUUAUAGAUCUUUCCUGGCUGGUGUUGCCUUGUUUGGUUUUCCUCAAUUUUUUUUAAUAGUAUUAGUCUGAGAUAAGUUCCCCUACCCCGGCCUCUUUUUUCCAAUCGUUAGAAGAUAUAAAUAAAUGUAAGUAUGUCAAAAAAAAAACCACUCGCAUUGUGCUUGCCUAAUCUUUUUAAUCUGCUGAAACGCUUUGGGAUAAACUUAAGAGUCUUAUGUGGUGCCAUUCAGUUAUUCUUUGUUACUACUGUUCAUUAACUUCUUUUCGUGCGCAAUAUUUUCCAGCAACAAGGUGUAAGAAUUAAAGCAUCGGACGUGAAAUCCCAACAACUGAAAUCUAAACAAGGUGAGCAUUUAGCUAGGAAAUACUUGUCAUGAUUUCAAUUUAUCUAUUCAUUCAUUUAUUUAUUUAUCUGUUAUUUUCAUUUUGUUCGCAAUCUCUCUCAGGAGCGAAGACAAUCGAAUCGAAGAAAAUGGAUUUUAACAAGAAAGCGAAGUCUAAAGUAAAUUCGUUCAGCAAUAUUGGACACGUACCGGGAGGGGGGCGAGUGAAGGUAAUUGUUGGGUCUCGAAGGAGUUAACUAUUGGCCGUACAACGGCCAACCAUUUUUUUUGCCAUGUCUGUAUUCUGGUUUGUGCCGUUUUCCAUACUGAGCAUCUUUCGCGUAAAUUGAAUAAGAUUCAAAGUUGUGCGCCUUUCGACGAUAGCUCUCGCCAUAUUGAUGUUUACUUUGGGUGGGAAGCAUACAUAAUUAGUUUUUGUUUCUUGAAUCGCGUGCAACUUUCUUUACGAGAAGCCAUAUGUCAUAAAUCAACUUAUUUACCCGACUAACAUCUUUUCUUUCCUCCUAUUUUAGAUUCAGCAAAGUAAAUUGGGUCAGCGGCUUAAACGGGUAGAACCCAGAACGGACACCCAUGGGGUUGAGGCAUACAGUAACUUACCCUCCGAAUUUCAAGAAAUUGCUAAACGCCUCGCUAAACAGGAUAAACAGCUUCGAAAUUCUAAAAUUGCCGGCAACAGUUCAAAUGGCAGAAGCCGACCUCGCUCGCGAAGAUCGAGCCGCGGCUCCAGUCGAGCAGGAAGCGUUAGUCCCGAUCGAAGAUCAACUUCCAAACCAAACUUCAGGUUGGGAAAUCUUUCAGGUUCGUCGUUCAAUCUCAACACUUCUACCACAAGCCUUGGGCAUAGCUCACCAAACAAAGCUUCCAGACGACCCGUAGUAAACAGGUCACCCAGCAUUCGAUCCAGGCCAACAACACCAAGCUUGAGUCGGUCACAUCCAGCUACUUAUGUCACACCGUACGAUUCCCGGUCACGGCCUUCUUCCAGACCUUCCUCCCGUCCGAACUCACGCCCAACGUCUCCCGUUUCGCGGUCAAGAAACGCGUCACCUACGAGUGGUGGGCGCUCACGAGGAUCGUCGCCCGUUCCGAACAGUCGAAUAUCAUCGACGCUAAGCCGAAACUCACCGAGCGUUAAGCGGUCAAAGAAAAAGAUGGCAAACGGAAUGGGGGGAAGAUCUAUGAAUCUGAACGCGCUGACGAGCGUGGAAAUCGGCCUUGGUGAG